AUGAGUAAGGAGUGACACUGAUGUCUCAGACCAGUCAAAGUGCAGGCGCAUCUUGGUGAUCCGAGGGCAGCUGUGGGAAAGUUUUCCCAGUAGCACCUGAAAGUUAGUGACCUGGUCCAUCUUGAUCUUGGUAAUGCUGUCGUGGUGGGAAUUGGAACCAACCCGCAGGUCCAGUGGUUCCAGUAGUGUGAAUGUCCAGUUCAGGUCCAGAUGACUGAGAUCCCUGCAGUGGACAUUUUCCAGCAGGUCGGAGAGAAGCUCCCCCCAUUUGUUGCACUGGUCCCCCAGGUCAAAGCUGGCUUUUAGGGUGAGCAGGCUUGCCCCACGGGAUAUAAGGUGGUGGGUGUAGUGCUGAACCCAUGCUUUCCAACGCUCAAACUCUCGGUUGGACACCAGCAGUCCUUCCUGUCCAAGGUGGAUCACCCCACGGCGAGAAAAGUCUGCCACUCUCCAAAGCUUCCCUGAUCGCACAAGGCAACUCCAACUGGAGCAUACAAGUGCAGAAUUGCACUUGUCAACUUCACUCAGGAAGGAAAGCACAUGGAGCUGGCAUUCCACCGGCAGAAGAUUGAAAGGAAAUAAGUCAUCCCCUGCUUUUGCCAUUCUUCUUCUACUGACAGGGACAAGAAGCUUCUUCCGUGGGGACAUGGUGUUCAUUGGUGGAGGACAAAAUCCCCACCAGGAUAAGUCUGAUUUAAUUAUGCCAUAUACAUUCUGGUCCAGUUCUUCCCAAGUCUGAGAAAGAUAAUCAAGUGUUUGUCAGUAAUCAUCUAACGUUACAGUAUACUAUAUAAAUUAUAUUCUUAACCAAACAAUUUAACCAAUGCAUACGUGUCUGGUUACUGGUAUCAUAUGUUAUAUUAAUUGCAUACCACGCAUAUUCCACAGAAUGUGUAACGAUACAUAACGUUUGCUAAAUAUUUGCUGGCUAGGUAGCUAACCCGUAGCAAGAGUGCUUGUAGACAGACAGACAAAUGACACCAACAUCGUAAAUGUUGAGGUUGUCAUCGAUGUGGCAACGAAAUAAUGGAACAAAUAAGUUUCGUUUUUCAAUCUGCUCUAAAUCUAAAGUUAAAUACCAACUGGUGUGUUGUGCUAGCUAGCGUUAUAGUUAGUUAUACAUUUCACGUACCUUGUAAUGAUUGUAUGCAACAAAAGGAAGAUAAGUAGCUAUUUGCUAGCAACCGUGGUCGUUUUUUCUUGACGAUAAUUAUGUUUAAUUACAUAGGUUACGGAGAAUAAAUGUCUAUAAGAACAAUUUCUGUAAAGAAAGUAUUGGUUAGCCAGCUAGCUUACAAGGUUAACAGCUGAGUUGUUGUUGGAAAUGUCGUCAUCAAAUCGCGCGUCAAGGUUCUUAAAUGUUCAUGGGUUUCAAGUUUGAGUAAGCAAUGCGCAGGCUAAUGUUAUUUACAUUUAUAAAGCGCCAGGUACUGUGAUGUUUUUUGUCUACAACAACGAAGUUAGCUAAUACAACAGUUAUUAAACUACAUGCAGUCCUUGGUUUAUCUAACAAGCUGCCGUAAAAUCAAACAAUGUAUAUGUGUAUAUGUCCAGACAAGCUCCCCCCCACCCCAAUCUUCGCCUGGUCGCCAUCUUCAAUUUUAAAUGUUUGUUUUCUCUGACGUUUAAACUAAUGGUAUUUCUAUUUGUUCAGAUCUCGGAUUGCAGGAUGAAUCACGUAAUAGUACAAUUGCUUGAAUAACAAAGUCCAAAAUGCAUAGUGCUAAAUUCUUGUCUAUAUCAACAGAAGAUUAAACCACGCUAGCCUCCCCUCAUCCUCACUCUGCAGAUCUUCAAGCACAGAUUAGAGUAUAUGCGUCUGACUCUGGCGUAAUGAAGUAGAUGGGGGAAUCCAAGAACAUGGUGUUGAAUGGCAGGCGGCAUGGCAGCAGAUUCUCCAGUGAUCUAUCCAUAACCUCGGCCAGGUCGCUGCGACAGAGCAAGGGCUCCUUUAGAAGCAGGAGAUGUAGUCCACGUGUCAGCAGUUCUGCCCUAGAGGCAGAGAGACGUCAUACCCCAUCAUCUGGUAUGACUGCAAAAGAGCUCUGUGAGAAUGAUGACUUGACUACAAGCCUUAUUCUGGACCCCUACCUCGGCUUCCAGACCCAUAAGAUGAAUCGGAGGUUUCGACCUGUCAAGGACCGACAUAGACAGUUGAAGGAGGUGCUAGAGUGCUUUAAAAAACAUGACAACCUUGAGAAGGCCUUCCAUGCCUUGACUGCAGGGGACUGGUCAAGACACCACUUUCCGCACAAGACGAAGGCACAGGGAAAACUCUUCAAAGAGCAUGUUUUUGUUUACCUACGAAUGUUUGCAACGAACAGUGGGUUUGAAAUACUUCCUUGCAAUCGUUAUUCCUCUGAGCAGAAUGGAGCCAAAAUUGUAGCAACAAAAGACUGGAAAACCAAUGAUAAGAUAGAAUACCUGGUGGGCUGCAUCGCUGAGCUAUCGCAGAAUGAGGAAAGUGUGUUACUGCGACAUGGAGAAAAUGACUUCAGUGUGAUGUACUCCACACGCAAGAACUGUGCUCAACUGUGGCUGGGACCUGCAGCCUUCAUCAACCAUGAUUGCAGGCCAAAUUGCAAGUUUGUUUCCACUGGGCGAGAUACAGCUUGUGUCAAGGUUCUUGGGGAUAUUGAACCCGGAGAAGAGAUCUCCUGUUAUUAUGGAGAUGGCUUCUUUGGGGAAAAUAAUGAACUAUGUGAAUGUUACACAUGUGAAAGACGAGGUGCUGGUGCUUUCAAAUCGAAGACUGGACAGCCUACACCCACUCCAAUUAUCAACAGCAUGUAUGGCCUGAGAGAGACAGACAAACGUCUCAAUCGGCUGAAGAAACUAGAAGACAGCAAAUGCUCUGGCAGUCAGUUGGAAGGCUCUAAUAUGGAUCCAGACUCUCAGGAAAAUCAUGACACACAUCCAUCAGUAGGGAGGACAGCCCGCUCUAGUGUGACAAGGCUCAGUGACUCACAAGCUCUAAGCAGGCAAACUCUGUCCAAAAUGCCUAUCCCUACCUCAUCGUUCAAUCAAAGACACUCAAAGAACUCCAACGUGCCAAAGAGGCUAAAAUCAAAGUCCAUAAAGCCUUUGCUCAAGUUAGGAAGAAGGUGUCAGGUAACUGCCCACAAGUGCCCCAUUGAGGUGGAAGCUAUGGGUUUGUGCCUUAAAGACCCCACAGAAUUUGUCAAUAACAGGGUCUCACAAAAGAGAGAGAUGGAUAAAAAAGGGCCCGUGCAAGUGGUGGGAACAAGGGGUGAUCUUGAGCACUAUAUUGCGAAGGAAAACCAUCAGAAAUCAGUGAAAGAUGUUAAUAGGUGCCCUGAUGGUUUAGCAUGCACUCACAGAACUCGCAGUUCAACCAGAGCAUCAGUUGGCACACAGGAGUCUGACAACAUUAAACUUGAACCAAACUUGCCACCCAUCCACUGCAGUGUGGUUAGUAAGACCAAGCCUAUUGACCUUGGAGAUUGUGUCACAGACAGUCACUGGAUGAACAGCUCAAGCCUGGAUAUCAGCUGUCCAAAGACUGAGAACUGUCACAGAUAUAAGCAAAUGAUAAAGCAGGAAGAGCACUCUUUCCGACCAGCAUCCCUUCUCAAGGAGGAGGUUUCAGACCUGCACCAUACAGCCUGCACCACGGACAUAGCUGAUGGCAGGAAAGAGCUGCAAGGCCUGCCUGAUGGUCAUGAGCCCUACAACCUGUCUAAGGGAGACAAGCUUCUCCACCUUGGCAAGGGGAAGAAGAAACAGCAGAUUACGCGCUAUGAUUCCCAGCUGAUCCUAGCCAACAACAACUCAGGUGUCCCCAAGUUGACCCUGCGGAGACGAAGGGACAGCAGCAGCAGUAGGAUUGAGCCUGGUAAUGCAGACCCUGUCAAGUCCUCCAGCUCCACAAAGACCAGCAUGAAAUUUGUUAAGGACCAUCAUGCAAAGACCAAGAGGAGUUCUUAUGCAGCCAGACUGAGUAAUGGGACUUUCAGUCCUAUGGACCACAUCCGCUCCUCCAAACAUGGCCUCAGUCCUGUGGACCACAUCCGCGCCUCCAAACAUGGCCUCAGUCCUGUGGGCCACAUCCGCUCCUCCAAACAUGGCCUCAGUCCUGUGGACCACAUCCGCGCCUCCAAACAUGGCCUCAGUCCUGUGGACCACAUCCGCUCCUCCAAACAUGGCCUCAGUCCUGUGGACCACAUCCGCUCCUCCAAACAUGGCCUCAGUCCUGUGGACCACAUCCGCUCCUCCAAACAUGGCCUCAGUCCUGUGGACCACAUCCUCUCUUCCAAACAUGGCCUCGGUCCUGUGGACCACAUCCGCUCCUCCAAACACGGCCUCAGUCCUGUGGACCACAUCCGCUCUUCCAAACAUGGCCUCAGUCCUGUGGACCACAUCUGCUCCUCCAAACUGCAUAUUCAGCUGCAGCGUGAGCAGGACAGCAGGAGGCUCAGCCAGUAUCACCAUGGUACUGGGCCCUUCACGGGUAUAGUAGAGAGGGAAGCAGGGGAGGUCUUUGGGCCGACUGUGGCAACAUUUGGGAUGCAUGAUGACACAGAGGAAGACUCGUCCUCCUCUGAAGAAGAGGAUGAAGACGACGUCUCUGACUCUGACCAUGAAGAGUUCGACGAUUUCAUUCCACUUCCACCAACAAAACGCCUCCGCCUCAUUGUUGGUAAAGACUCUAUAGAUAUUGAUAUUGCAUCAAGGAGACGUGAAAAUCAGUCACGCACAGUCAAUGCAUGAGCUUUAUGGAUCUUUAUUUGACUAGUUGAUUUAAGUCAACAAAACAAAAAAAUCCCAUGCUGUUGUAAAAUGUUAACUAUUUUUGUACAUGAUGGAACUUGGAUUUGUUAUUCAUAUAGUAGAAUGUGUAUAUUUUACAUAGCAUAUGUGUAGGCCUUUAUUUUUAUAUCUUCAGCUUUAUUUUGUACAAUUGUUAAUUAUAUUUAAAGCCUUUUCUUGUUUGUGGGGUAAACAUGCUCAAUUUUGCUUCACUGACAUUCACAAGAAUGGAACCUUUUGGGAACACACUUGAUGUGCUUUUGUCCGCAUGACAGUGUAUACAUGCAUAUAAAAUAAUGUGUUUUAUAUAUUGUUUUGGGAGUUUGAAAGGAACAGAAUUGUUUCUUGCUGAAAGUCUGUGAAAAUGUGUUUGACUUCCAGUGAUUCCUGGAAGCUGGUCUGUGACGUUUUUGACCCAUUUUUAAUAAUUCCUUCAUUAAUCAAAAUGUCUUGGUGAUUAUGUAUUAUGUUAACUUUUCAGUUUGUGAAGAGAGAUUUUCUUUUUAUUCUAUUCAUUUCACAAAGUCACUCAAUUCUCAAACUGUAUCACUUCUCAGUCUCCGUUUUAACAAUCACAAAUUCAUUACAACUUAUUUGGUCUGGCAUUGGUAGUGUAGAUAUUCAAACACUUUGAAAAUCAGAUUGUUUUUUUCUUUGCUAUUUUGUUCACCAUUUGUUCAUCUGAAUGACUUUCUGUCUGAUGUGCGUGAAUUAUGUGCAUGCCUCAACUUCUUAAAUUGCUCUAUCAUUUUUUUUGUUAUACUAGGUUGAUUUUAAAGUCAGUUAUACAACUUUG